GCAAUUUUGAGAGCAUGAAAAUGUUAACAAAAACCAGCAAUGAACACUCCUUCUAAGCUUCUACCUUUAUUCUUUGCCCUUAUUCUCUUCCUCAUUCUCUCAAUAUCCCUUCUCAACACUCACUUCUCUCUCUUCACCGCCAUUAAAAUCAUUUGCAGAAGAACCUAUAAAACCUCUCAUGGCCUCGCUACAACUUCCAACCAAAGAGACAGAAAUAUAGAUCACUCGUCUUCCAUUUCUAGAGCAAUAUCCCCUAAUAUAAGCGAGUGCUUUCCUGCUGGAUUACCUUCUAAUGCAAUAACAGGUACCGAUUGUUGUCCUUCUAAACCGUCUUUCUCCAAGUUGAUAGAUUUCAAAGAUUUUGCUUCUCCCAAUGCCACACUGCGAGUCAGAAGACCAUUUCACUUGCUGGAUGAAGAAUACAUAGCCAAAUUUGAAAAGGGCAUUGCACUCAUGAAAGCCCUCCCUGAUGAUGACCCACGUAGCUUUAUUCAACAAGCUAAGGUUCAUUGCGCUUAUUGCAACGGAGCUUAUCACCUUUAUCACCCUUUUCAAGACACCAAACUCGACAUUCACAGAUCUUGGUUUUUCUUUCCCUUCCAUCGUUGGUACAUAUACUUCUUCGAACGAAUUUUAGGGAACUUAAUUGGUGACCCUGAAUUUGCUUUACCAUUUUGGAAUUGGGAUUCUAUAGAGGCAAUGCACAUGCCGUCUUGUUUCACAAACCCGAACUCCUCACUUUUUCACGAACUCCGAAACCAGAAACACUUGCCACCCCACGUGGUUGACCUGAACUAUGCAGUUGGCAAUGUCGACGUCCCUUCUCAUCAACAGGUUUUGUAUAAUUUAGCCACCAUGUACAAGCAAAUGGUGCUGGCAAGCACCACAGAAUUGUUCAUGGGAAGCCCUUUUCGACUAGGGGAUAACCCUCGUCCUGGUAUUGGUUCUGUGGAGGCUGCUCCACAUAACACUGUUCAUACAUGGGUUGGUGGAGCUGAUACUCCACACCAUGAGGACAUGGGAACGUUCUACACAGCUGCUAGAGACCCCAUUUUCUAUGGUCAUCACUCGAACUUGGAUCGAAUGUGGGCGAUAUGGAAAACACUGGGAGAAGGAAGAAGGGAGUAUAGUGAUCAAGAUUGGUUAGAUUCUGAGUUUUUCUUCUACGAUGAGAAUGCUGAUUUUGUUCGUGUUAAGGUAAGAGAUUGCAUUGAUACUAAAAACUUGGGGUACGUGUACCAAGAUGUCGAUCUUGCAUGGUUGCGUACGCCACCCACAUCACGAAAAAGUAAGCUACUGAGACAAAAAAAGAAGGCUCAAGUUUUGAGUUGGAAGCCCAGAAAACUUCCUUUGGUUUUGGAUUCCAUAACAAGUGUAAUUGUUAAGAGGCCGAAGAAAUUAAGGAGCAGGGAAGAGAAGGAAGAAGAGGAAGAGGUUUUAGUGAUAGAAGGGAUUGAGUUUGGAAGUGAUAAAUACGUUAAGUUUGAUGUUCAUGUUGAUGAUGAUGAAGAGCGGUUGAGUGGUCCAGAUGAGACAGAAUUUGUGGGAAGUUUUGUGCAUCUGUACCAUGGACAUGGCCAUAACAUCAGCACCGGCUUUAAAGUAGGGUUAUCGAAAGUUCUGGAGAAUUUAGAAGCUGAAGAAGACGAUGAUGUGCUUGUUACUUUGGUACCUCGGGUGGGAAAAGGAGAAGUAACCCUAGGAAACAUCAAAAUUGAAUUUAUUCCAAGAGAGCCAAAGGAUUAAUUAAAUUUCAAAUCUUCGUAAGUUUAGGUAUUUUUAAGUGAAUUUGUGUUA